GUACUGAAUAAGCGAAUGGAAUACUUUAUGGGAAGUACUGUGUAAUCAUGUACCAAAUUAGAAGGGAUGGAAAGAAAAAUUCGUAAGAAAUUUCAUGCAAAGGAGAACAAAAAAUACUUAGGUAUACUCUGGCUCAUGGAUAUUUAUGUCAGGUUGUUUUCAUACAUAUUGAAAGCUACAGCUACUCCAGAGCGACUCUCGUGCAGUAUCGCUUUCGUAGGCGGUGUUGAGGGGGGCAUUGUAUGGGUGGAGUUUGCCUGGACGGUUUUAUCGUCUAGAUACAUUUUUAUUGCACCGUCAAGACUGGGACAAAGGCACCGAAGCAAACGAGUUGCCUCGCUAACGGCCACGUUGCAGCACGGAUGCCAGCGGUCACUGCUGUCUUGGGUGUCCUUAGAGAUUGGCUGCUUUCAGCGGUGGCGAACCCAGCUUGAUUACCGGCACGGGAAAGUUCCAUUUAAAAAAUUUAUAAGCAAGACAAAACUCUUCUUUUGAGAAUCACGAGAGAAACGGUUCACGAGCAGUUAAUCCAGUGAGAAUAAAAUAUCUCCAAAUGCUCUUACGACAAUGCUGCACUUUUUUUCCUCCUAAUUAAACAAUUCUAUAGGUUAUCGUAGACUCUUUGUUAUCGUAUAAUUCCGGAGGACUGCUUAAAUAAGAUUUUAAUAUAACCUAACCUUAGAUUUUAUACAACCUAAAUCCAGUGUUUUAUUAACUGUCGAAAUCCGUGGCAUUGCUUUGUAUUCAUUAAAUUAACCCAAAUGGACACUCUACUUUUACGAGGUCGUCCAAGAAACUGGAACGAACCGGUUCGAUUAUAUUUUCAUCCAUAGAUUUUAGGUAAUAGUUUUAUGUAAAUAUUCCACUCCAAUAUCCAAUUGCAUAAUUUUUUCAAAUUACCUAUACGCACAAAAAACGAAUCUCGUUCACCCAUCAUUUCCGAAUAGACAUAAUACGUCACGUGGAUAUCCCGGUAAUUCUUCCUGUCCGAAUUAAACGAAGCUGCAACCUCAAGAAAUCUAUCUUGGUGUCGUGGACCAAGUGUAAUGCAGUUCCGGAGCGACGGCUCGCUUGAUCAAAGUGCGAACGAUCCAUCAGGAUAAGAGGGGAAACAAAGUGUGAGGUGAGAGGCAAGGUGGUAUAAGGCAGAAGAAAG